AUGGCCAGCACCUCAUCAACUCUCGAAAUCAACGACUUUGCUCAUAAGGACCUUGACGACGAUGGUCGCGAAAAACGUACAGGGACCUGGGUGACCGCAAGUGCACAUAUAAUAACUGCGGUGAUUGGGUCGGGUGUGUUGUCUCUAGCAUGGGCCAUCGCUCAAUUGGGUUGGAUAGCGGGUCCCACGAUUCUCAUGAUAUUCUCGUUCGUUACUUACUUCACCUCCACCCUCCUUGCAGAUGCGUACCGUGCACCCGACCCGGUGUCCGGGAAGCGCAACUACACCUACAUGGAUGUGGUUCGAGCUAGUUUAGGAGGAAGUAAGGUGCAAUUAUGUGGGAUAGCUCAAUAUGUUAACCUUGUGGGGAUUACAAUUGGAUACACAAUCACUUCUUCCAUAAGUAUAGUGGCGAUAAAGAAAUCGAAUUGCUUUCAUUAUAGAGGGCAUGAUGCACCUUGUAAUCCGUCGAAUUAUCCCUACAUGAUUGCUUUUGCAGUAAUUCAGAUUGUGUUAUGUCAAAUACCCAAUUUUCAUAAGUUAUCAUGGCUAUCGAUGUUAGCCGCUGUGAUGUCUUUUGCUUACUCUUUCAUUGGACUCGGCCUCUCAAUAGAUAAAGCAGUCGGAUCUGAGGCAAAGACAUCAUUAACUGGUAUGCCAGUCGGGCCAAAUUUGUCCGCUACAGAUAAGAUGUGGAAAUCAUUACAAGCAAUUGGAGACAUGGCCUUCUCCUAUGCCUUCUCAACUGUUCUCAUUGAAAUUCAGGACACACUGAAAUCUUAUCCACCAGAAAACAAGAUGAUGAAAAGAGCAUCACUAGUUGGAGUCAUGACAACUACUGUAUUUUACAUGCUUUGUGGAUGUCUUGGUUACGCAGCAUUUGGAAACGAUGCACCAGGCAACUUUUUGACCGGCUUCGGGUUCUACGAACCCUUUUGGCUCAUCGACUUUGCCAAUAUAUGCAUUGCCAUCCACCUUAUUGGUGCAUAUCAGGUAUUUUGCCAACCGAUAUUUGGGUUUGUUGAGAACAAAUGUGCAGAAAAAUGGCCGGAGAGCAGGUUUAUAAUGGUGGAACGUGAGGUUAGGUUGCCGUUUUGCGCAGAGUUUGACAUUAACCUUUUUAGAUUGGUGUGGAGGACAACAUAUGUGAUUAUAACCGCACUCAUAGCAAUGAUUUUCCCCUUUUUCAAUAGCUUCUUAGGGUUAAUUGGGGCGGCUGCAUUUUACCCUUUAACAGUUUAUUUUCCGAUUGCGAUGUAUAUCGCUAGGGCCGGGAUAUCAAAGUAUUCAUUCACAUGGAUCUGCCUAAAGACAUUGGAUUGGACUUGUUUGGUGAUUUCCUUGGCUGCAGCAAUUGGAUCCGUGCAAGGCCUUAUCAGCGACCUUAGGGACUAUCAUCCCUUUAAAGAAUAGG